AUGGAAUCCCCGGGGUAUCGGGAAUCACUGGCGGUGGCAAAAAAAUAUCAGGCGGCUGAACUACCCCGGCGUCUGGUGCCGGCGGUGGGCAACGGAAACUGCGGCGGCUCAUAUGAAGGGGGAGAAAAUAUUGGGACGAGGGGUGGCGGCGGUGGCGGAAGAAUAAUUUCCGGGGACGGCGGUAGAGGAAAAUUUGGCGGAGGUGAGAAUAUUGGGAAAGUUGGAGUGUCCGGGAAAAUACCAGGUGGGGAGAGCCAUGGAAACACGGGAGGUGCCCCCACAGGGGGUGGCGGUGAAGGAACUAGCGGCGGCGGGGGAAAUAUAAAUGGCGGGAGCGGAGGGGGAAUUAGAGACGGCGAUGACGGAGAAGGAACCAACGGUGGUGGAGACGGUACUAAAGGAGAAGGUGGCGGAGGUGAUGGCGGGGGUGGAGAAAGAACUAUAACAGGUGGCGGUGGUGGAAAUAUUACCGGAGGCGGUGACGAAGGAACCGGUGGAGGAAGCGACGGGGACGGGACUAGCGGCGGCGGAGGAGUGAAAACCGGAGGGGGUGGCAGCGGCAGCGUGGGCGGUGGAGGGGAUAGGACAAGAGGCGCCGGCGGCGGUGAAAAGGCUGGAGGGGAAGGCGGGAGCCGGGGCGGAGAUGGGCAGGGCGAUGGGUUUGGUAAAGGAUCAAAAGGGUUAUCGGGGGAAAGGGUAGUGGGGAAAGGCCAUCGGCCGCAGGUUCCAAAGAGGUAAUGGAAGAAAGGGUCACAGGACUGCUUAGAUCUUCUUCCUUCGCUUCUUCUUGAUCUCGCAGUAGUCGAACUGUUUCUUUUCCUUUCUCCUUUUCUAGAUCUGCUGUGUUGGUUUUUGUGUUUGGGAUGAGUGUUGGGACCGCUACUUCUUGCUUCUGUGAUUGUUUGGGUCAUCAAGAGCAGAGCUAAAAUGAUCACUAUCACUAUCGUCUUUACCA